GUCCCCUCCAUUAUCUUCGCCGGAAAACCCCAUUUUCCGCCGGCGAGAACCCUCUCCCCACGAAUGGCAUCAUCAAUUCCUUACAUUUCACUAACUGCGCCACUAAAUUCACACACAAAACUUUCAAUACACAAACCCCUCUUCUGCUUUCCCAAUUCCAUCUCCUUAAAACCUAUCAAUAAAACCCCUCGUUUUCCUUCUCCCGUAAUUCGGAAAUCCUCUUCUAAUUCCGCCGGCGCCUCCGCGGCAUCCGCAUGCUCGACGUCGUAUCCGUUCAUCGGAAAAGUUGGAUUGCAUAGAAGAGAAGGUAACUUCAUGUUACUGUCCUACGGUACCAACCCUAAUACCGGAUCCAUCGACGGAGUAAAAACUGAUGUUUCCCAAAUUCUCUCGGCGAUGCUUCCAUUUGUGGUGGCGCUCACCGCGAUUGCUGCUCUAACUCAGCCAUUAACUUUCACCUGGGUGUCCAAAGAACUCUAUGCUCCUGCUCUUGGUGGAAUCAUGUUGUCAAUUGGAAUUAAGCUUUCGAUUGAAGAUUUCAAGCUUGUUUUCAAGAGACCGUUACCAUUAUCUGUGGGGUUUCUUGCUCAGUAUAUCUUGAAACCGGCUUUAGGGGUGUUUGUGGCAACAUCAUUCGGGAUGUCUCCAAUGUUCUUCACAGGGUUCGUAUUGAUGUCGUGUGUUGCAGGCGCUCAGUUAUCGAGCUAUGCUAGCUUCUUGGGCAAAGGGGAUGUCGCUUUGAGCAUUCUUUUAACGAGUUCCAGUACUAUCGCCUCUGUUCUUUUUACCCCUCUUUUAACCGGCCUUCUUAUUGGAUCGGUUGUCCCUGUGGAUGCUGUGGCUAUGUCCAAAUCAAUCUUGCAGGUUGUUCUUCUUCCGGUUACACUUGGGUUAGCACUGAAUACAUACGCAAAACCAGUUGUAUCUGUUCUUCAGCCUGUGAUGCCAUUUGUGGCUAUGUUUUGUACUUCCAUUUGUAUUGGCAGCCCUCUGGCGAUUAACCGGAGCCAAAUUCUUUCUGCAGAGGGUCUCAAGUUGAUUUGGCCGGUUUUGGCAUUUCACGCUGUGGCGUUUACUGUUGGUUACUGGAUUACCAAACUUCCGUUUUGUAGGCAAGAGGAAGAAGUAAGCCGAACGAUUUCUUUAUGCACGGGAAUGCAGAGCUCCACGUUGGCCGGACUUCUUGCAACGCAGUUUCUGGGCAGCAGCCAAGCCGUUCCGCCAGCAUGUUCGGUGGUUGUAAUGGCGAUCAUGGGACUCUGCCUAGCUUCUUUUUGGGGAAAUGGUUAUCGAAUCCGAGACUUGCCGUAUCUUCUCUUCCCACAAACUGAUUCCGCUGUUAGCCCUCAAACAUAGUUCUCUGCGUCGAUUUUCGGGUGCAUCUUCGAUUAGUGCUAAACAUGAAACGGGCAGGUUAGAGUAGCAGCCAGCGGAUGCAUAUCUGCGUCCCUUUUAUACAGUCCCGAUAGUAUUUACAUGCUAGAAACCAUACCGAAAGCAGGAUAGAGUAAAUGCCAGGUUUGAAUGAGGCGAAGGGGCCGGUAUCGAUCGGGUUUUUGAAAGCCGGGGGAUAUAUAGUCGGUAUGUGCGUUGCCACGAGUUUUUUGAUUUAUAACU